GUUGGCAUCGGGGUGGGAUCAACUGAAGGAGUUCCUGCUGGCGGAGGGGCUAGCGUAUUACCAGCAGGUCCCACCGAACCAGAUGGGCAUCGACAUUCGGAACCGCAGCGGUUCGUUAGUGAACCCUGCGCGGGCUCACAAUUUAGGCGCGAAGAUUUGCGCCCAGGGCUUCGUCUUGGCCAAGACGGCUGCAGCCACUGCCUUCGAGGCCCCGCAGGGGGCGCAGUUGGAAGAGACCGCGAUGGCGAACGACCGCCUUUCGCGGCUCAGCGGGGGUCGGUGCCCCCCGCUGGACUCAUUGCGGUAUACGUCAGUGGGCGGCUCCCACACGAACGUCUUCCUCCGCUGCGUGCUGGCCAAGGCGCCGACCACAGUGAAGGCGCUGGCAGACUCUCGGGGCAACAUCGAUUCCGAAAAGCUGCGCGGGUUGCAUCCGCAACUUGCGACGGCAGUCAAAAAGGGCCUGACGUGGUUGAUCAUCAAGCACGCGGUGGCCAAAGUGAAGGGCCUCAAGAACUUCGUGCAGAGGGCUUUGAACGCCGACGUCAGGGAGGCGGUUCACGAGACCGAGAUCAUUCGGUCAGGUGGGCGGAUGCUCUUGGCACACAGCCUCGCUGAGGGUUCCAGCAAGCCCGAUUGGCGCGACAUCGCCGAGCAAGCGGGCCACGCGAACCCACCUUGCAAGGCGUGGAUCGCUGACUUGUGCAAGUUUGUUGAGCUCGGGCCACAAAACGGAGAACUUCUCCGUGAAAUAGAUGAAGCCCUCAAGACCUUCACGAAUGUGGACGUCUCGGGGCAAACUUUGAUGUGCGGCUCUGAAUUUUGGCGCAAGUUGAAUUCGAUUAAAUGGGGGAAGCACCAGGAGUCGCACCCGCAUGUCGUAGCGGCGCUCGUGAAGGCCAACUAUUCAGGCGAGCACGUGGUGGCAAACGAGAUCGUCCACGUCGCGUCCCGCAAGGCGGACGUGGCUGCGGCCGACAAUCUCAUGGCCGACGCAAGGUCGCUCGUGAAGAGGUUGGAUAUCGGAGCGGAGCAGGGCUUCUUGCACAUCACAAAGUUGGAUGUCCGCUGUGCCAUGUACCUGGUGAAGAAGCGAGCGCCAGGAGACCGCACUUUCGGAUGCGUAGCAGAUAUAGCACAGGUCUUCCUCCAUGAGCUCGGGGAGCCAGCCCAGCUGCAGAUGAAGAGCUUGGGGGUCGAGUUCGGCAAGGCGGUGCAGACCGACAAGCAAGGCGAUGGCGCGCCCGAGUUCCCAGCGAGCGCCGAUGCAGACGCGCCGCGCUUGGCAGCGUCGUCGGCCGCUGAGUUGAAGAGCAACGUCUUCCGCAUGCGGCGUGCAGGGUUCGACGUGGGGAAGCACAUCGUCCAGAAGAAGGAGGUGGAUGACGUCUUCGAGGUGCUCUCCAUCUCGGAGAAUGGGAUCACCGCUCAGAAGAAGUUGCACGGCGACCUGGUGGGCGAAGAGAUCUCCAUUGCGUGGCUGCACGGGCGGAUUGAAGUAAACAUAUUGCUCGAGAAUUACAAGUUGACGUCCAGGGUGCAGGAGCAGUUGCCGUUCACGAAGGAACACUUGCCGCCAGCCCACGAGGGUUGGGCGAUGGACGCGUUCAAGGGGGCAUGCAACAUGGCGCUGCGGCUCCAAGCGCUGAAGUACCAGGCGAACAUUUUGCACUUGGAGAUCCUGCAGGACCCACCUGCCGUGCGCUGCAAGCGAGCGUUCAAAGUGGGUGAGCUCGUCAGACUUGUGCUUCCGCAAUCGUCCGCGCCCCCCUCCGACGACGCCGCGCUGCAGCGCUGCGCUGGGCACGAGGUAGCGAGUGGUCGCAUUUCAGCCUCGUCCACGCGGGUCAGCACGGGCUGCGUUGCGGAGAGCAUCUCGUUGGGGAAGGUUGGCCUCUACGAGUUCUUCGUGGGCCCGCAGUUCGCAGGGCCCCCCGCUGAGGGGUCGCGGGGCCCCGACGCCUUUGUCAGCCCCUUCUGGGUGGUGGCAAAGUCCGACUCAGAGCCAAACAUGGAGCUCCGAAAGGAGACCGUGACGUUCGGGACAGGCGUCAACAAGGUGCAGGUGGGGGUGCCCCAGAUGCAUAACACUUGCGCCCUGUCCGCGGGCGACUUCCCGGUGGUGAAGCCGUGGCCGCGGCUGCAGCCGCGGCCAGCCAAGAAGCUCAGGGCGGCCUGA